CAGCAGGAGGCCGGUGUCAGCAGCGACCGUCAGAGCCGAGCUGAGCCGAACUGAGCCGCGGAGGAAACUGUCGCUGUUCAGGGGCCGACGAGCGACUGAAACUUCACUGCCAAGAUGUCGGACGAGGAACAAGAGCAGACCGUAGCCGAGGAUCUGGUGGUCACCAAGUACAAGAUGGGCGGUGACAUUGCCAACCAGGCUCUUCAUCUGGUCGUGGAAACAGCCAAGCCCGGGGUGUCAGUGCUGAGUCUCUGUGAGAAGGGGGAUGCCUACAUCAUGGCUGAGACUGGGAAGGUCUUCAAGAAGGAAAAGGAGAUGAAGAAAGGCAUUGCCUUCCCCACCAGCGUCUCAGUCAAUAACUGUGUUUGCCACUUCUCUCCCCUGAAGAGUGACCCUGACUACACACUUAAAGAUGGGGAUCUGGUCAAAAUAGAUCUAGGGGUUCAUGUUGACGGCUUCAUUGCCAAUGUUGCUCACAGCUUUGUGGUGGGAGCCAGUAAGGAGAACCCCAUCACAGGUCGGAAAGCUGAUGUAAUGAAAGCAGCCCAUCUGUGUGCAGAAGCAGCUCUUCGCCUCGUUAAACCUGGUAACCAGAACACUCAAGUGACAGAAGCCUGGAACAAGAUCGCUCAGUCGUUCAAAUGCACACCAAUCGAGGGUAUGCUGUCUCAUCAGCUAAAGCAACAUGUCAUAGAUGGAGAGAAGACCAUCAUUCAGAACCCGACAGACCAGCAAAGGAAGGACCACGAGAAGGCGGAGUUUGAAGUACACGAAGUCUAUGCUGUGGAUGUCUUGAUUAGCACCGGAGAAGGGAAGGCCAGAGAUGGAGGUUUGAGGACCACCAUUUACAAGAGGGACCCCAGUAAGCAGUACGGCUUAAAGAUGAAAACUUCUCGUACAUUCUUCAGCGAAGUGGAACGCCGCUUUGAUGCCAUGCCCUUUACUCUCAGGGCAUUCGAGGAUGAGGCCAAAGCCCGUCUGGGUGUGGUUGAGUGUGCCAAACAUGAAUUGCUACAGCCCUUCAGUGUGCUACAAGAGAAAGAGGGAGAGUGUGUAGCUCAGUUUAAGUUCACAGUGCUGCUGAUGGCCAACGGGCCUCACAGAAUCACCAACGGACCCUUCGAUCCAGAGCUCUACAAGUCAGAGCAUGAAGUUCAGGAUGCAGAGCUAAAGACUUUACUACAGAGCUCCGCAAGCCGUAAAACACAGAAGAAAAAGAAAAAGAAGGCCUCAAAGACAGCAGAAAAUGCAACCGGACAGCCAACUGAGGACACAGAAGCCGUAGAAUAAAUAAAUACUGCCUUUCCACACAUGCAAGACCCCAAAGAGAAGCAAGAGAAAACAUGACAAAUUGCCCCAAACACUCUGCCCAUUACACACAUAAUAGAAGUGAGUUCAUAAAUUAAAUUGAUGAAUUCAUAAGAACUUUGGGAUUAAAUGUAUAUUUAAAGAUCCAACAUGGAUUCUUAACCCUUUACUGCAUUAAUUGGAAGUACCAUGGAAAGAGUGUUGCUUUUCUUUCCUAAUUAAAAUAAAGAGUAUUUGAAAAUACUUUUACAUCUUUGUAAAGACUUGUUGCCAAAUGGUAAGUGUGUGUGACUGGUGCCUGUUUCUUAAAUUUCAUGCUUGUAUUGCUGAAAGUAAAACUGACGCUUACAGUGGGCAUUUAUGGGAGUGGUAGUCUGUAUUUUUGACAUCCAGCUGCUGGUGAAAGAUAAUUUUAUGAUACCGGUUCAUAAACUCGGUUCCCUUCUUUGAGGCAUUGUGUAGCCGAGGCCAUUGUAGAUUCUCCUGUUGCUUUAAUUGGGAUGGUUUGACUGAACUGUCAUGUUGUUUCCAUUUGGCAACAAAGUUAUAAAACGUUAUCUAAACUUGUUUAUAUGUAAACAAACAUUUAUAGUAAAAAGAAAGAUCCAGAUAUUUUAUUGGAAGGUUUAGGAGCACUUCGUCAACUCUUAAGUGAGAAUCAUGAGGGAUGUUGAUGAGUUUAGUCAUCCAGUAGCUUGUGAGCUUUCAUUAAAUCUUUUUUUAAUUACACCACGCAGUAAAGGGUUAAAUUAUAAAUUUGUCUCACUCAUGAAAUGACACAUAAAAUGUAACACAGCUGACAGUAAAUGACAGUAAUUACAGGGAUUUUAAUGUAAUCGAUGGCGUUUUGCAUCAGAGUUGAUGUAGCGAAGGUUUACGGUUGCUUCUGUCAUCAAGACUUCACCACAUUUAUGGCUGAAAUUACAACGUUUUAACCACACUAGAUUUUUUUAAAGCAAUAAUCAGCGCAGAAGAAGACUGGAAUAUUUUUAAGUGUAGGAGCAACAAACACAAUUUUCAGCUUGACUUUAGGGAACAAAACUGCCACAUUUACUGCCAUUCCCCUCGAAUUUUAUGAAAACAGAAAUCUAUACGUUCCAAAUUUUGAAAACCUUUUUUUAUUAGCGACACCUCUGACUUCCUUUACUACAUCUUCAGUCUCGUGAAGCAUGAAAAUGAGGCUGUUAAAGCUUAAAACAGUUUUGUUGGGUGUCUUCAGUGGAGUUGGACCAGUAAGAGAUCAUUUUGUUGUCUGAUUUUCAUUUCGAAGUCUGGGACAAUGUUGAGAAAAAUAAAAACCUGCUUUGUAGCUCAGUAAGUGGGCAAUGGAACUUUACAUCUAAUAAAAUAAACAUUUUCAUACA